AUGGAGGAUGGAUUUGUUUCAGAUGAAGAAUUAUUAUACACAGAAGAUAUAAGCAAAUUAAUAAAACCAGUAAGGAAAGAGAAAAGAAGAGCCUGUGCUAAUUGUACAUGUGGUAAAAAAGAGAUAGAGGCUGAAGAAUUAAAAAACACCAGUAAUAAUAUACCAGUUGAAUCAAACUGUGGUAAUUGUAAUUUAGGUGAUGCAUUUAGAUGUUCUUCUUGCCCAUACACUGGAUUACCUCCAUUUAAAGCCAAUUCAGAAGUAGAAUUCAAUCCAGAUGAAGUAUAAAAUUAAAUAAUAAAAAUGA